UGUUUUAUAUGCGUGCUGUGUAUGUCUAUAAAUCAAUAUACAUGUGAGUUUACAUCGUAUAAUAUUUACUAAAUAAAGAAUGACAAGUCUGCGAUAUAAGGAAAAAGUUGCAUUAAUCACAGGCGGAUCAAGAGGUAUUGGUAAAGGAUGUGUAGAUGUAUUCGUUGAGAAUGGUGCAAAAGUCGUCUUCUGUUCGAAUGACGAUACGGAAGGUCAGGACUUGGAGAGAAACUUAAACUCAAAUGGACCAGGAAAAGCGUUGUUCAUAUAUGGCGAUGUUACACAAGAAUCAGAUAUCAAGAAUAUAGUAGAGAAAACAGUUGAAAAGUUUGGUAGAAUAGAUUGUUUGAUUAACAACGCUGGAACACACCCACUGUCGCAUACUAUUGACGAAUUCUCCGCCGAAGAUUUUCGAAAGCUUCUAGAUUUAAACCUCAUUAACUACUUUCUAUUCUCAAAGUAUUCAUUGCCACAUCUUCGCAAAACAGAGGGAAACAUAAUAAAUAUAAGUAGUCUUGUGAAUCAACUCGGACAGGAGCAGGCAGUGACAUACGUAGCUACUAAAGGUGCAAUCACAUCUAUGACAAAAGCUCUUGCGAUAGAUGAGGCUAAAUACAAUGUUCGAGUCAACUCGGUAGCACCAUCAGCUAUAUGGACCCCACUUUUAGACGAUGUGCUGAAAUCUGUUCCGAACCCAUUGGAAGCUAAACAAAUGUGUGCGAACAAUCAGUUACUGGGACGAUUAGGAACAAUAGAGGAAGUUGGACAAGCAUGUUUAUUUUUAGCGUCUGACGCAACAUUCUGUACCGGAAUAGAACUUAAUCUGAGUGCAGGAGCUGAACUGAAUUAUGGCAAUAAAAUGAUGAGAAAACAGAAAACAUCAGCAAACUACAAAGAUAGUCUGAAAUAAAGAAUAAAUGCUACGUCAUUGGUUUUUGAUCCAGCCAUGCUUGGUUUAUGUUAUCACUCGAGAUAUUAAGAAGAUGCAGAAUUCUGAAUUAAAGACAAAUCAUGAAAUGAA